AUGCCGCCCAAGCGACAAGCUGAUGCAGGGCCCUUUGGAGAGCCAGGAGAAGCAUGGUCACUUCUUGGCCCUUCAUUUGAGCCACGUGGUAGCGUCAAGAACAAAUGGGAUGAGCAAGAGUGGAGGAUGGCACGGCGCGAGGUGUACUCACAGCUCAUGAAAGAUGAGAUCGUCAAGCGUCAGAAGCUGUCUGGCACGCCUGCUUUUGAGGCGUUAUGGAAGUUGACAAAGCCCAAGAUGGAACUUGUCAAAAGUGAAAAUCCCAAUGCAGGCUCUGCGCAUGAUACGCCUGCACCUGAAGACGCUGUUGAGCCUGCAGAUGAGGAGUAUGGGCAGCCGCCCGCAUGGAUCCCACCUGGAAGCUUCGGAGAUGCUGCAGGAGCAGAUGGAGGCGAUGGAGACGACGGAGACGGAGGAGACGGAGACGACCGAGAUGACAACGAAGGGCCUGCAGGAGAUGAUCCACCAGAGGAAGAAGAGGAGGAAAAGAAAGAAGAAGAAGAAGAGGCCCCUGCAAACCCUGCAGACGAUGGCGCCCCUGCUCCACAAAAACAACAGGAGAUGGGUCCAACGGAGAUGGGUCCAACCAAUGGCAUCCCUGGCGCGUCGAUGCCACCGCUGCAGAAACCACAGAGGAUGGGUCCAACCAAUGGCGCAACUGGCGCACAUGGAACCACGGUGGUGGCAAGGGUGGUGGAGGUGCAGGACGUGGUUCCCGCCCAUGGUGGGCAAGCCAGCGACCGAAGGGAAAAGGGCGUGGCCGUGGAAAAGGCUGUGCCUCUGGAAAAGGCCGUGGGAAGGCCAAUUUCCAUGUGGACAGUUGGGGCGGCAGAUACGUCGAGGGCGGCUACAUCGACAUCAGUGGAGUGUUCUGGCCGUAUGGAAAGGGACGCCAGAGAAUUCGACACAGAGGCAGUGGAGCAGGAACCCAUGAUCAGUGGACGAGCACUACGAAUGCCAUCUCUGACCUGA